UUGACUUUUGCCCAACAAUCAACAAGAAUCAAAUCCGUCUAACAUCACCAUGGCCCUCAAACCCGGAGAUUCUUUCCCCUCUGACGUUGUGUUCCAGUACAUCCCCUGGACCGAGGAAAGCGGCGAGAUUACCUCCUGCGGAAUUCCCAUCAACUACAACGCCUCGAAAGAAUGGGCCGAUAAGAAAGUCGUGCUCUUCGCCGUGCCUGGAGCUUUCACCCCCACCUGCUCCAUCAAUCACGUUCCGGGGUACAUCCAGAACCUUCCGCGGCUUAAGGAGAAGGGAGUGGAGGUGGUCGCUGUCAUUGCCUCCAAUGAUCCAUUUGUGAUGAGUGCUUGGGGCAAGGCCAAUAACAUCAAGGGCGAUGAUAUCCUUUUCCUCUCCGAUCCCGAUGCCAAAUUUGCCAACUCCAUCGGCUGGGCGAAUGGCGGCCGCACCGGCCGUUUCGCGAUCAUCAUUGACCACGGAAAGGUGACUUACGCACAGAUUGAGACAGAGAAGGGAGUCAAGGUUUCUGGUGCAGACGCUGUGUUGGCUCAUCUGUGAGGAUAGUGAAGUGGGUAAAGCAAGUGAAGAAAUCUAUAGAGAACAAUUUCGUGCCUGCCUUGUGUCUUCGUGUCUGAGAAUUGGAUCCCAGUGGUCGUGCUUUUGUAGUUCUGUAAUCCUGAAGAGAACGAUGCGUUGACCACCAUCUCGAGCUGGUUUCGAAGCUUAUGCAAUCGACUCUCGAAUCUUCCACAGUCCUUGCGGGUGAUCCGGGGCAAUCAACCACGGCAUUGAUUAUGAAUCCUGUGGACCAGGUCCACGACUCACGGUCAUGAGACAAUUCGUCGAUUGGAAGCUAUCAAGCAAGCAUUGCC